AUGACUUGGCCGCCCGUGACGCUGCUUCGAGGAGCGGCGCUGCCUCUCUGGGCCCUCGGCGCGGCGGCGCCGGCUGCGGCGGACGCCUUCGACUGCGAGGCCGGCAAGGGCCACUGGAGGGACGGGUGGUCCGAGCAGAAGAAGGAGUGGUGCUGCAGCCAGGGGAGCUCCGCGGGCUGCGGCGGCGACGGCGGCCGCCAGGCCGUGUUCCGCUUCGUGGGCUUCGGCGACGCCCGUGAGGCGCGGCGCGCCUGCAAGUACAGCGCCGGGGUGGCGAUGCCCAAGUCGCAGGGCGAAGUGGACGAGUUCAAGAGGAUGCUCGACGAGGCAAGGCGGGUCGGCAACCUGACUGACCGUUGGCCCAGGAACACAGUGUGGCUUGGCGGCUCUUGGGACUUCGAGUCCAAGAAGUGGCAAUGGGACGAUGGCACGGACAUCGGCAAACACUGGGCAGCAAAGAACCACUUGGACCACCUCGGGAGGAGCGGCACGCUUCAGAGGCGCGACAAGAAGGAGCGGGAGCCCUGGCUGUGCACCGAGGUGAUGAGCGGGCCGUGGCCCGCGGGGCAGUGGCAGGACUCGCACGCCCGCCACGAGUUUGGCAUAGUCUGCCAAGAGUGGUUGGAGGCCACCACGACGAGAACAAUGGUGACAACCACAUCGGCGACCGAUGUGUCCUUGACGACUGGGACCCUUGUGACGAGGCCGAAGCCCUUCGACUGCAGGCAGUUCCGGUUGCACUGGAAGGCAUGGGGCGUGAACCCCUCCAGCAACCCUUGGAUCGUCUACCGCUGCCACGACGAGUUCCAGAAGAAGCCGCCGGGCACGCCGGAGUACAGCAGGAGACUGGGGCUGCUGUACGGCGCCUUCUUUGGCCUGCGCGUGCUGCAGGAACCAAGAAGAUAUACCCGUUACGGGCAGGUGAAGGACGACGUGGAGCGAUCGCUCAGAUAUUGGCACUUGGACGGGGUGCUGCUGCGAUUCCGCAGGUACGCCGUGCGAAAAACCCACACGCCAGGGAAGUUCAACCUGGCAAAGGGCGGCAUCUCGGCGGGCUCGUCCGCGGCGAAGCACCGCGCGGAGGCCUCGAGGGCGCUGGCGCAGAUGUUCGGGGAGUUUGCGGCCCAGCACGCCAGGCUGCCCGCGCCCGGCGAGCGGGCGCCCUGCG